GUUUUUUAAUGACUAUUGAGCAUCUACACUUUGUAUGUCGGUGUGAGUAUGCUAAUGAUAGUCCAGUGCUUGUAUCUUCUCUAUUGCCCUAAGUAUGUAGUAGAAAGUAGAAGAAAUACUAUGAUAUUUUCCUCUGUGUCUGUUGAGAAUUGAUGUUUGGAUCUGCUAAUUGAAUUCCCGCACUUUGAUCCUACCUAUCUCUGUCUCUUCUGGUAAUAUACUAGAAGCUCUAGUUGUAUGUAACAUAAGUAUAAUUUUCGUUUUCCACAUAGUUGUCCAGCUUAGCUGGUUCAACAUUCUGGAUAGAAGCUUCUUAAAGUUAUUCAGUACUCGUUUCAACGUAUAUUCCUUGAAAUUUGAAGACUGCUUCUAGGCGUGUUUCCCUGCUUGCUGUUUCUAACAAGAACUUUUGCUCUGCGAAUGUAGAUGCACACUAAUGUAGAUGCACACUAGAACAUGAAUGAUGUCGUAUACUUAUUUAUGAUAAGAACGUCGAUGAACCGGUGGUGAUGAUACAGUAGAGAUCAAGUAGAAUUGACGAAUUUAUUGCUGCAUUUGCUUUGGCCCUUCUAUUAUACUCGUGAGCGAUAAAGUUACGACUUCACUUUUUACAUCUUGGUUAAAUUGAGGUCGGGCGAUCGAUCGUCUUAGCGCUUUCAGCGCUAGUCUUCUGGUGGCAUUUUAUGCCACCAAGUUCAAGCCUUUAAGGCUUUGGGUACUACAUGUUUUGCAACUUGUUUCGUACAUCAGCGUCAGGGCAUCGAGUGACCGGUCUAAUUUAACUAGAAGAAGUAUUGUGCUGAUUGUGAAAAGAAUAACCUAGCUUGUCUACGCCUUGCAAGUGAAAUUCCCGAAAUUCUUUAGAUUUCUGAACAAAUCUUUCUGCGACUUCCUCAGACCCUGUGGCAAGCCCUACAUCGACGAACCACGAACCCACCGGCGCCAUCUGCAGCUCUUGGACUCCUUUCUCUAGCUACUUACUUUUAGACUAACUAAUUGGAACUAAUUUAUUAUUGCACAGGCAAAACGGUCUAAUCAUUAGGCAGCCUGCCACCUUACGAAAACGAUAAGAUUUUUCCGUUCGAUACUACCCCUUGCAAGUGAAAGUCCUGACUCUUUAGAAUUUUUCUUUUUUUGUACUAUCCACUCCACACCUAUACGUGGUUCAUCCUAUGUGCUCAGUAGAAGUGAAGAGAGCAGAAGUCGUUCCUUAGGAAGUUAUAAAACACGUGGGCAACAUCAUGCGUUAGCGCAUGCCUUGGCGUGUACCUCCUGCAUGUGUUUCGUGGGUAACGUGUGGCACCAUCUGAGCCUUUGGGAACUUCUCAGCCUUUGGGUGUGAACGACAAUACAUAGCGUGUUGGAAGAAGCUCAAUCGCCUUUCCGUGUACGAGAAGAAACUGGCUCAACGACUACUUCAUCUCCCCUGUGGUGUACAAGAAGAGCAAAUUUUGGAACCUGCAUAAGAACUACAUCUUAUAUGUAGAAAAACUCUUCUUCAGACGUUUUGCAGCAGCUCUAAGAAAAAGACGUCCGAUGUGCAGCUUUUGACUUUUGAAGAGGCUAAUCGCGAGUCUUUUUGCAACCUGGUUUACUACCUGUGCCAACGACCUUGCAGCAGGAGAGCUGCAAUACGUUUGUGCACCUCCACCUGCUUGCUGUCAAAUAAACUAUAAACUUGCACCAGAUACUAGGUCGUGGUCGUGUUCGGACUACGGGCAGACCGACAAAAUGACAGGGGACACGGACGAUCGCCUCUUUAUAGGCAUGAUAUCUCUCCGGACUUGUCCGGAGAGACGUGCCUUCUUCGAACAAGGAUGGAAUGAACAGAUUCGUAUUUUGAACUUCUUUUGAUAACAAGGAUGGAAUGAACAGAUUCGUAUUUUGAACUUCUUUUGAUAUCUUUCUGGUUGUUCGUUGUAUUGUGGGUGUAAGAGCUGAGUAGUACUCUUUGACCUAGCCGCGUUUUUGUAGGGGCAGCAGACUCUUGUCCAUUUCUGAUUUACCUAAGAUCCAUUUCUGAUUUACCGCAACUACAUCACACCCUGAAUUACGUUACAAUAAUUUCAAAAAUUUCUCUACCGACUUGCAGGAAAAUGUUUGCCAUCCGACUCCGACAGUUCGAGUACUUCCAGUCCGAGUGGCAGCACGAAAAACGACUCUACUCCAACUUUCCUGGGUCAAAAAGUACACUAUCAUGUCGCCGAUUUAGAUCCGGAAGGUGGUGUAUUGGGAUGCACCCGGAGUCACAUGGCCUUGUACAAGAAGGCACUUGAAUUACGGCUUUUGGUCUAGUAAUCGCUUGCUGUAUCGACCUAGCAGGUAUGCCUAGUCCUAGCAGGAAUCCUCAACGAAAAGAGUGAAAUAGUUACUGAGCUCUAAUCUUCGCUGGACCGCAAGUCACCGCAGCGAUCAUCUUCGAAGACGAUGUCAAGGUCUUUUCUUCUUUUGGUUGACAAGUGCCCAUUCUGGAUGAUAAAUAUAAGCGUAAACUUCUCCUCGCAUGAUUUACUGCUGUUGUAUCACUGACUCCUCUCAACGUAAACUGUAAGGUUAUAAGGCUCAGCUUUCAAUGGUCACCAUUGAGAUUGGAGUCACUGAGAUCGAAGAAGCGACUUCCCCUUGAGAGGAGAACAGGGGAAAAGGAAGGGAAAGGGGAGAGCUUUGAAGGGUGUCUCUUCCGUUCAGCGUCAGUGACCAUUGAAUGCCGAGCUUUUAAUAGGGUAAACUCCGAGAACUUCGCUCCGCCAUAUUCUCCAUCAGGUGAACUCCCACUUCACUCCUGGAGUUAUCCGAGAUUUGCUCGAUGUGAUGGAUACGUGGGACGUCAUUCGGUUCCACAAGACGGGUAUCUGUUGCGUUCACGGCGCCCUGUCCGACCACUUGUAUCACACUUCGAAUCUCUGCGGACGCGCAUACAUGAUCUCAAGAAGCUUGAUGGAGUACUUCUAGCUUAUUCUGAUUAUUGUUGUUGAUAAGAAGGUACAUCCGCAUAAGAGGAAGCAGUAGCCUGUGCGCCAAGAGCACUGCGCUGGACUUGCUUCUGGAAAAACAAAAAUACAAGGAGGGCUGAGAACAAGGACAUCAACCAGCUUGAUUCGAUCAUUGUUGUUAUUUCAAGAAGCUUCAUGCUCAUGGAGUACUAUGCAUAGUUUGAUGUUGAUUGGGUUUUCUGACGUGGAUCGUUGCUGCAGUUUCCAACAUGAUCUACGAUUGAUGAAGAGGCAAAUCAAUUGCAAUUUCUUCUCCAAUCCUACGCACAAAUGCUGAAGUUGAAGCGUAUGUAUCGGAUUCUCCAAUUCUACACACAAAUGCUGAAGUUGAAGCGUAUGCAUCGGAUUCGCACACACAAAUUCGAACCCAUGCUUACUCCUUCUAGGUACACGCUCAAGUUCGAUAGCAAGGAGGUCGUUCCCUACACGUACUUCUUGCCGAAGGCCAGUGCACGACAGCUGACCUAUCACCCUUCUUUGAUCACUGAGGGGGCCUUCGGUUCAUGGAACACUGUCGGGUUCGGUCGUGCUGCAGGCAAGAGCCAAGAUGCAGCUGUUAGUGAAAAAUCCGGAGAUGCGUAUGCGAACGAGAGUUCUUCAGCUACCACUAGUGGCCGAGCAGCAGGCGCGACCUCGCCAAAGAAGACAAGUAGUGUUAUGGCGAAGGAUCAUUCAAGUCUGUUUAACGAGUAGUUCUUUGUAUCUAACAAGUCAAGGAAUUACUUGUCCUUUUUAGACUACUCGUUUCAGUACUCUUAUAGCCUUCCGUCUAAUCUCAGUAGAGCCAAGGCCUUGAAAGGUAAGGGAGAAGCCGAAAAAGCACUGAAGGCAGGAGCAGAAAAGGUGACCAAGAAAGACGAAGGAGGUGACAGGGCGCUAGCUUUUUUGCAGUGGACUCUAAAGUACAGUGAUUGUUAAGGUUUUUUUGUGAUUUGAACUUCAAGACGUGCAUAUUUCUUUCGUCUCCUCUUUUUAUGCUUGAUAUGAUCCCCUCCUGCUCCUUCCCGACAUCACAAUGUACCUGCAUGAAAUAGGUACACCACCGUUGUUGAGCAAGCGAUCGCGAACGUACAUUUCUGGACGAACCUGCCAAGUCCUCUAUUCAAGCCUACGACUUUUCCAGAGGCCGACUCCCUAUUGUCGAUUUGUCGUGGAGAGAAUGCCAAUGCCGAUAACAAGGCUGGACAAGCACCAGGAUCUUAUGAACGCCUAUCAUGGGAGUCCUAUAGGCAAAAUGUUGGCACCUACGAGCCGAUUACCGGCAUCUGCCCUCGACGCUUGUCUAGCGAAGGCUUUUUUUACUUCUUUUGGGUGCAGUUGGUUCAACGCUUUAUCGCUUUGGUAUACAGUGUGCUUGGGAUGUCGGCAUUAUGGAGAGAUGGAUUGACGUAAAAGUUUUCUGUAAAAGUGAGAAAUCUAGUACUAGGUAGUGUAAAUAGGCACAUCCUUUCACAACGAACCCGAGUCUCCCCUACCAUAUGCACUUCGAAUGGGCUAUCGUCACUUGUCAUACCCUAUCCACCCCCUGCCAUAUCCCAUCCCAAACCUUUCUAAUCCUAUCCGCCUCCGCACAAGUGGAAGACUUGUCUGAAACCGGAAACGACGAAGAAAUCUCAGAGGACGUGCUAGCGCUAUUAGAGUGCAAGGGUGCCGCACAGCAGACUCCAGGAGAAAAGAGGCUAUUGCUGAGACAAAAGCGAAAGAGAACAGGUCUUUUGUUGCGAUAUUCCGAUGUUUUGACAUCCAGUGCCUUGCCGAAUGCUGCUGCGGGUUGCAAUGGAGCAGCAGGUGCUAGUACAAUCACAAACUCCUCUAAGCCAGAGUCCCCGAGCGGAUCAUCACAUGCGGUCGAUCUGAUGAAGACAGCUAGCGGAAGUUUGCGUAGGGUGAUCAGUUCGGAGUCUGCAGCUUUCUCGCGCACAGUAAGUUUGGACUCGGACGCAGGGUCAACUCUGGAUGCAGAUAGUCGAACAGUGAGCAGAACAGGAGUGGCUGGUGAAACAACUGAUGUUAUGAUUACACGAGCAGGCUAGUAGUAAUAGGCCUUCAAUCAACAUUGAGCCCGACCUUUACACAAGUAAGAGCAGGCUAGUAGUAAUAGGCCUUCAAUCAUUCUGAGCCCGACCUUUGCACACGCCAAUUUGAAACAAAUCAGUGACGACUGAAGAGACUGCUGCUAUCCAAGUAAAGAUCGGUCUCUUCACGACGCAGGGUCAACUCUGGAUUUGUUUCAAACAUACUACACAAGGGUACCCAUAAAGAGAUGGGACGAUCAUAGAAUAGUGGAGGGAAAAAACAAUAGAAGAUGACUGAGGGAAGAUUUUUUUUUCAUCAACUUGCUUCAACACACACCAACAUUGAAGAUUCGGAUGACAAGCACGGAUUUGUGCUUCCAAGUAAAGAUCGGUCUCUUCAGUCGUCACUGAUUUGUUUCAAAUUGGCGUCACUGAUUUGUGUAUCAUCAAUCUUGUUCUGUUCUUGUCUCCUCUUCUAACACUCGAGGCUGCCUGUACGAUGUUGUAGUAGUCGGCGCGGGCAUUGCCGGUUCUUCCUCAGCCUACCACCUCUCGCAAAGAGGCGCGAACGUUUUACUCCUAGAGCAGUGGGAUGUUGCAAAUGAGAACAGGAGAGCAGGAGCCAAGGAAGGCGGUCCUUCUGGCCUAGAGAGUUGUGGAAGCAGUAGAGGUGGACCACGCCGUAUAGGUACACUAGAUUUGGCGCCAGGAACUAGGGUUCGAGAAGCAUGGACGGCAUGGACGGAUUUGCGGGCUUUGCACCAAAAAGCAUUGAACUUAUGGCACAGCUGAUACUCGUAUGUAUGAUACUUUUAUCUUCAGUAGGAAUCGCGUAUGAACAAAAAUGCAGCUAGCAUCUGCCUGGAAAACUAGACAAGGUUCAGCUAAAAAUUGAAAGAGAUAAAAGAUAGCAUGUUGCAUUUAUCAUGUUUAAUAUGGGGUACUCUUUUAAUACAACUAUCCGCAUAUGCAUUUGCUCUAAUCCCUGCGUCUGGAAGAACUAGUGACGCCAAAACGCUGAACAAGCACGCAGCGAAGCGAGCUGCCGCAGAACAAGCACCUCUGCUAGACGUGGUCGGAGAAGUCCUAGUCGUAAGCAUUUUUCCUUUCGGCUGGUUGCUGAUGAUCUUUUUCCUCAUCUGGUGGGCUUGCCGACGAAUUUUUGCGGGUGCAGACUCCUUGCCACGAGGUUUAGAACUGCUGUUCACGCGUAGCCAGGUGAUGGCGAAACUGCCAAAUGACGCCUUCAAAUUUGACAGCUGGAACGUGUUUGGGAUCUACUACAGCGACGCGGCUGCCCUCUACACGAAGGAAAUCCUGAAAUACUUCCACGCUCAAGCUGUACCAUUAACGUGGGAAGCUGCAGUUGUUGCGAAUGGAACAAUGUCUACUAUGUCGUCGUCUUCGGGUGCAGCCCUAGUAGAAGGUGGUCAUCUGAGCAGCCUUCCUGCAGAGGAACUAGCGCUUCCCGCGCUGAACGAGGAGGAUACCAUAAGCCGGGAGUCGAGUGGCAAGUCCAGUGGCCAUGGUGGAAACGCAUCCUCCAGCACUAGCACCAACUCAGGAAGCUCAAUUAAGGCUUACUAAGUACUACCCUUAAAAAUAUCCAUCUGACUAUAAGUACCCUUAAAAUCCAUCUCCAGAACCGUCUUAGGACUUACUAAGUACCCUUAAUAUAAUAUCCAUCUCCAGAACUACCAUCUUAGGACUCACUGUUCCACAGGGGGGAAUUGGUUUCAAGAUGAGCCUCAAGAUUGAUUAGGGGGAGCUCUAACGCAACGACUGGAAAGUCAGCGACCAGCAAUGACGAGGUAUCACCAGAUAACGCUUCCAGUACUGCUACAACUAAUAGUGUUAAGUCAACAUCGAACAAACUCAGCAGCAGCAGCAGCAGCAGCACUCCGCAGAGUUGCACUAGCACGAACACUGG